AUAACCAACCAAAAAUCAAAGGAUUUUAGAGAGAGAGAGACCACAAAAAAAAUGAACAGACAAGAAGAAGAAGAACCCAGCACCACAGAUAAGAACUGUACCACAAAACAAGAACAAGAGCAAGUCUCUGAUAUGUCAGCAAUACCUGUCGCUAUGGACAAAGUCGCAGCGGCGGCGCUCCGAUCAGUGCUUCAGCGUGUCUCUCAAGCAGCAGAGAAGGCAGGCCGUGGAUCCCAGCAGAUCAGAGUGGUGGCUGUUAGUAAGACCAAACCAGUCUCUCUAAUCAAACAAGUAUACGAUGUGGGUCACCGUUGUUUUGGUGAAAACUAUGCUCAAGAAUUCAUAGAAAAGGCACCCCAGUUGCCAGAGGAUAUAGAGUGGCAUUUCAUUGGGAAUUUGCAGAGUAAUAAAGUGAAACCUUUACUGGCUAGUGUACCAAACCUUGAUAUGGUAGAGAGUGUGGAUGAUGAAAAGAUUGCCAAUCAUCUUGAUCGAGCAGUUGGGAACCUGGGAAGGAAGCCCCUGAAGGUCUUAGUCCAAGUGAAUACCAGUGGUGAAGAAUCAAAAUCUGGUGUUGAGCCCUCAGGUUGUGUGGAACUUGCAAAACAUGUUAUUCAGAGUUGCACAAACCUUCAGUUUUGUGGCCUAAUGACAAUAGGAAUGCUUGACUAUACCUCAACCCCAGAAAACUUCAAGGCAUUGGCAAACUGCAGAAGCGAGGUUUGCAAGGCCCUUGGUAUACCAGAAGAGCAAUGCGAGCUCUCAAUGGGAAUGUCUAAUGACUUUGAGCAAGCUAUUGAAAUGGGGAGCACGAAUGUGAGAAUUGGUUCUACCAUAUUUGGGCCUAGGGAGUAUCCGAAAAAGAAAUGAACACGGUGCCAUUUGCUUCCUUGUUUGUUCAAUCAUAUUCACGCGGCAAAUUAAUGGCAUCUAUCGUUGACCUUUGAUGCAUUGAUUACAAGAAAGCUUAGACAAAUCUAUUUUAAUGUCCUAUAAGUGUGAAUCACGCUGCUUUAUGUAGAUUGAACAGCUGAAUAAUACUCAUCAGUUGCUUGUUCAGUAUGUUGAUCAACUUGCAAAAUGGCUAUACAAACAGUACUCGCAAAGUUCAAAGUUC